GCUGAACUUAUUUACUGAUGCAAUGGAAGUCAUGGUAGACGCCGGGUGUUGAAUGCUGCCUCAUGUCAUCAGAGGGCUUCCGAAAAAGCAUUUUUGUCCAGUAAAUCACUGUGUGCUGUUCUAAAUCCUGAAGAAUUCUAUUGUUCAUCUUUUGCUGAGGUUGAGCACUUUUGCUUGGUUGAUAUUGUACUGUACAAAAUGACAGACUGCAACACAGAUUGUGCCACUAGUGUAUGUGCCAUGGAGUUAUAUGAGAGGUUAACUGCACAAGGGGACAGAGUCCGAACACUGAAGACAGAUAAAGCUCCAAAGAAUGAAAUAGAUGAGGCAGUGAAACUCUUAUUGCAACUGAAAGAAACGUACAAAAAAGUCACAGGUCAAGAUUACAAGGCUGGUAGUCCACCUAGUGAAGUUACAUCAACAAGUGGAAAUGGACCUACAGAAACCACAGAGGAUGACGAUGUUGUGGAUCCCUGGACGGUGACAACGUCAAACGCAAAAGGCAUAGACUAUGACAAACUCAUAGUACGGUUUGGAAGUAGUAAAAUUGAUCAGGAAUUAAUAGAUCGGAUAGAACGAGUCACUGGACAGAGGCCACACCACUUUCUCAGGCGAGGAAUCUUUUUCUCACAUCGAGAUAUGCACCAGAUUCUUGACGCCUAUGAAAACAAGAAGUCUUUUUACUUGUACACUGGCCGAGGACCCUCUUCAGAAUCAAUGCAUGUGGGUCACCUUAUUCCAUUCAUUUUCACAAAGUGGUUGCAAGAAGUGUUUGAUGUUCCCCUGGUCAUUCAGUUAACUGAUGAUGAAAAAUAUUUGUGGAAGGACUUGAAAAUCGAAGAAUGCUACAGAUUUGCUAUAGAAAACUGCAAGGAUAUAAUCGCUUGUGGGUUUGAUGUGAACAAAACUUUUAUAUUUUCAGACCUGGAGUACAUGGGAGAAAGCUCCGGAUUCUACAAAAAUGUGGUAAAGAUACAGAAGCAUGUAACAUUCAACCAAGUGAAGGGAAUCUUUGGUUUCACAGAUAGUGACUGUAUUGGAAAGAUCAGCUUUCCAGCAAUCCAAGCAGCUCCAUCCUUCAGCAGUUCAUUUCCACAGAUCUUCAAUGGCCGAAAGGAUAUCCAGUGUCUUAUUCCUUGUGCAAUUGAUCAGGACCCCUACUUCCGAAUGACCCGAGAUGUGGCCCCGAGAAUUGGCCAUUCAAAACCUGCUCUAUUUCACUCAACAUUUUUUCCUGCUCUCCAAGGAGCUCAGACCAAGAUGAGUGCCAGUGACCCCAACUCCUCCAUCUUUCUCACUGACACAGCAAAACAGAUCAAGAACAAGAUUAACAAACACGCUUUCUCGGGCGGUAAAGACACAAUUGAGGAACACAGAAAGUAUGGUGGAAACACAGAUGUUGAUGUCUCCUUCAUGUAUUUGACUUUCUUCCUGGAAGAUGAUGAAAAACUAGAACAAAUCAGGAAGGAUUACUCAAGUGGAGCGCUUCUAACAGGCGAACUGAAGAAAUACCUCAUAGAUAUCUUACAGCCCCUAAUAGCAGCACACCAAGAAAGACGCAAGCAGGUGACUGACGACGUUAUCAGACAGUUCAUGACUCCAAGAAAACUAGCUUUUGAUUUCUGAACUCUGUUGUAUCAUUUUAUUGUAUGGAGUAUAGAUCCUUUUUUAAGUUAAAAAGUAAAAACUAUAUGUUCAUCUUUUACCUGAUAAGAGGAAAUAUACUUUGCCAUGUAAAUUUUGUCCUUCAAGUAAUAAUAAAGAAUCCAUAAAGUUUACCUGUGUCAGUGCAGGUAGCACUCCAGUAGCACCACAACCAAA